AUGGCCUGUCUCUAUCCAAGAACUGCUGCAUUGGCUCAACCAACAGUGGCGGUCCGAUGUGUUCGAACAAGCACUAGACGCUUGCUUGCUGUCUGCCCUUUGCUGUCCGUCCUUUUGCCCAUCUGUCUGGCCGUCUCUUCAACGAGAGUCCCUCUUGCCCUCCACCUCCCAGUGGAGUCCCCUUGCCAUCGGAGCUGCCCUAUGCCGCAUGCUUCCCAUACCGCACACCAGAAUCCCCGCACAAUCUCCCGCAGCGUUGACAAGAGCCCCCAAACAAACCCUGCUCAUGCCCGCUCUCCUCUCCUCCCGCACGUCCUCCCUCCCACACACAAGCUCAUCAUCACCUCCAGGGGGCGCCAAGAGGCAGCAUCAACACUCUCCCUCAAGGGCAUCCAAAUCAUCCACGCCUCCAGGCGGCGCGAAGAUGCCUUGUAG